AUGACGACUGCGAGAUCGGUGACGGCUGUAUCGUCUGGAACGAGGCCGAGUGCGGAACGAAGGAAACGAUCAUCUAAACAGCUGAACGAUGUGGAGGUAUCAGACAGCGUGGAGAACGCUCAACAAACCGAGCACCAAACAGCGUCGGUGACGGAAGGAGAAACGAAGGGCAAUGAAGAUAUGGCAGUUCUAAUAAACGAUAUGACGCCCAGUACCAACGUUUCGAGGCAAUUGUUGACUGAAGUAGACGGUGAUAGUAGUCGGAUCGAACGUGGUGAUGCUGAACGCGAUGUAGUGGUGGAAGGUCAGCAGCAGGAGCCAGCAUCGAUACAGACACCGGUGGCCUCCAGUAGUACGGCAGACACCAACGUGACACGAGGUUACAACCACCACCAGAGUCCAGAGAACGAGUCCAGUAUGAACGACGAGAUGAUGAACUCGCCGCAGUGGGGGAACGAGCUGGUGAUAGCCAAGCUGAAGAACCGCAGGAACGUGGCGCCGACGAUCAACAGGACGCCUGGAGUGAUGAGAAUGACGAUCACGAGGAAGAACGGCGUAUACGGAAUGAAGGUGGUCACCAUAGAAACCGACAUGGACGAGAAGACGGUGGUCAUCAUGAUGCACGACGUGAACGGCGUGAUGGUGCCCGACGAUCGACAUCUAGGCAAGAUGGACACAGGCAUGGUAGUGGUCGACAUGACGAGAGCAGCGAUCACAGCAGCAGCUCCAGCGAAGAGUCACAUGAUCGACGUGAUGGACGUAGUCGGCAUGAGCAACGCGAACAACGUAGACGGCGUAAACACCAUGGACAUCGAAGACACCGCGAUCAUGGGCAUCGGCGUGAACGACAGCCAAAGAAGAAGAGUGUGA